AGCUAGCGCGAGGCUGUGCAGUCUACAUGGGGAUAGAGAAGAUAGGGGAAAGGCGAGACUGUAGGAUUCCAGAAUCCAGACUGACUGAUCGUUAACAAUACAGAUACUGACCCAAUCAACCACCUGACCAAUUAACCAAUAAACGAGUUCCACAACGCCGCUAGGCCCCGCCCAGUGACCAGGAUGGCUAAAGGCACCCCAGGGAAGCCCAAAGGCAAGAUGUCUGCCUACGCCUACUUCGUUCAGACCUGCCGAGAGGAGCACAAGAAGAAGAGUCCCGAGAUACCUGUCAACUUUUCUGAGUUUUCCAAGAAGUGCUCCGGACGAUGGAAGACGAUGUCUGGCAAAGAGAAGGGGAAGUUUGAGGACAUGGCAAAGCAGGAUAAGGUGCGCUAUGACAACGAGAUGAUGCACUUUGCCCCUGGCGGCAAGAAGGGAAGGAAGAAGGACCCCAACGCACCAAAGAGGCCCCCAUCUGGUUUCUUCAUCUUCUGCGCGGACCACCGGCCCAAGAUCAAGGCCCAGCAUCCCAGCCUGGGGAUAGGGGACGUGGCCAAGAAACUAGGCGAGCAAUGGAACAACCUGACUGAUGCUACUAAACAGCCCUACCUGAUCAAGGCCAACAAACUCAAAGACAAGUACCAGAAGGACGUGGCUGACUAUAAGUCCGGUAAGGGGAAGGUGGGUGCUCCGAGCAUGGUGAUGGCCCCUAAACCCACGACGAAGAGUAAUAUGGAUGACGAUGAUGAUGAUGACGACGAGGAAGAUGAGGAGGAGGAUGAGGAGGAGGAGGAGGAUGACGAGUAGACCCAACCGCGUUCUGUUUUGUGUGUUGUGUUAUUAUGAUGAAGACGAAGAUGAUGACGACGAUGGCCAUGAUUAUUAAGUGAUGCAGGGGGUAUUUUUUCAGUUUGAAAUGCGAUUUGUAGGGGUUAGAGGAAGAAACACUGGUGAUAUCUUUGUGUUGCUUAAUUACGUUGCUCCGCCCCUGCCACACUUCCCUCCUCCCCACUCUUUGUUGUUUUGACUUUGUCACUAUGUUGAUUUUGUGUAAACCGCUUACACAAAGUUCUCUAUAUAACACUGAGUCCAGUUAAGAAUUUGAGACUGUACAUUACUACGGCAACUGUGAUUGAACUCAAAGCAGAUCCCUAAUAAUCCCCCCAACAGCUGUGUGUGUGCACAUGUGCACGUGUGUGUGUGUUACUGUGUCCAUUUCACCAGCACUGUCCAGUGUCUUCCUCAAAACCCUCAUAGCAUUGUCACUAUACUGGGUGUACAUCGAUUCAACGGAGAAGCAUUUAAAACCAGUAGUAGCAUUGCGGCAAAACAUCAUUCUGUUUUUGGCUGUGCGUCCCAAAUGGCACCAUAAUCCCUAUACAGUGCACUACAUUUGACCUGGGCUCGUAGGGAAUCCCAUAGAG